AGGAAGGAAUAAAUGCAAGAUGGCUCCUCAUAUAAAAACAGUCUUCUGGGUUGCCCUCGGCGUGCGACUAAAUAACUCUUUAAAUCUUAUCAGGUUAAAAUAUUUAUCUGCGAAGAGCUCUGAAGGGUAAAUUGAGCUUUACACUGAUGGUAUUUGUCAAUAUUUUACCGGACAAGGUUCCAGUGGGACAACAGGGACAACUUUGAAGACAUGAAUCGGUUGUGAACUGGCUAUCUUCGGCAGACAGAGUUGGGCUGGUCAGACGCACACAGCCCGGGCCUGUGCUAGCUAUCGUUAGCCGCUAACUAGCUAAUGACUUCGUUUGCUGUUAUCUGUCGCGUUGGGAACAGCAUAAGAGGAAAAGUCUCAAAUUACUGACCGCCUGUUGAAUGCUGGACGUAAAAGUCCACACAGUAACUGGCCAUGGCUGUAUCAAGACUUGAUCGUUUGUUUAUCCUGCUUGACACUGGAACAACACCAGUAACCAGGAAAGCAGCAGCCCAACAGCUUGGAGAAGUGGUCAAACUACACCCACAUGAACUUAAUAACCUUUUGUCAAAGGUCUUGACCUAUCUACGGAGUCCAAACUGGGACACUCGUAUAGCCGCAGGUCAAGCUGUAGAGGCCAUAGUGAAGAAUAUUCCUGAGUGGAACCCACCUCCCAAGCCUAAAAAAGAAUCUUGUGAAGACUUCUCUCCAGAGGACUCCUCUUGCAACCGGUUGAGUUUCUACCACUUUGAUAUCUCCCGUCUGCUCAAACAUGGUGCAUCGCUGCUAGGAUCUGCUGGAGUUGAAUUUGAGUUGCAGGAUGACAAAACUGGUGAGAUGGAUACCAAGGAACGUCUUGCUCGGCAGAGAAAACUUCUUCAGAAGAAGUUGGGCCUGGACAUGGGUGCCGCUAUUGGUAUGGACACAGAGGAGCUGUUCAACGACGAAGACCUAGACUAUACCUGCCAACCCAGUGGAGUCAGAGCCCAUGGAAGCAAAGCGUUAGCUGGAUCCAGUUCCCGCAACCAUGUGCCCAUUCAAGCUGCUGAACUGAUUGACUCAGAGUUCCGGCCAGGCAUGAGCAGUCGUCAGAAGAAUAAGGCUAAGAGGAUGGCUAAACUCGUAGCAAAACAAAGAUCCAGAGACAUAGAUCCUAAUGAAAAGAGUAAUGACAGUUUUGAGGGUGAACCUGAGGAGAAACGAAGAAAAACAACCAAUGUAGUCAUUGACCAACCAGCAUCCGAGCAUAAAGUCUUAAUCGACAAUGUUCCAGAUCACUCCAGUCUUUUAGAGGAGACACAUGAGUGGCCUCUGGAGAGCUUCUGUGAGGAACUCUGCAAUGACCUCUUCAAUCCUUCAUGGGAGGUUCGUCAUGGUGCAGGUACAGGUCUUAGAGAAAUUCUCAAGUCCCAUGGUGCUGGGGGUGGGAAGCUGGUCGGAAGCACUGCAGAACAGAUGUUGCGACAGCAUCAGGAGUGGAUAGAGGACGUGGUCAUCCGGCUGCUCUGUGUCUUUGCUCUGGACCGCUUUGGAGACUUUGUAUCUGAUGAGGUGGUGGCUCCUGUCAGAGAGACAUGUGCUCAGACGCUCGGUGUGGCCCUUCGCCACAUGAAUGAAACUGGUGUUUCCAUGACAGUAGAUGUCCUGCUGAAGCUGCUGAAAGAGGACCAGUGGGAGGUCCGUCAUGGAGGCCUGCUGGGCAUAAAGUAUGCCCUGGCUGUUCGUCAGGACUUGAUAGCUGUUUUACUGCCCCGGGUGCUCCCUGCUAUCACAGAAGGCUUACAAGACCUAGAUGACGAUGUGAGGGCUGUGGCAGCAGCAUCACUCAUCCCUGUGGUGGAAGGCUUGGUGCAGCUACAGCCCAACAAGGUACCCUUCAUAGUGGACACACUAUGGGAUGCUCUUUUGGGAUUGGACGACCUCACAGCUUCCACCAACAGUAUUAUGACUUUGCUGUCCUUGCUGCUCACUUAUCCACAGGUCGGACAGUGCAGAACGCAGCAGUCGCUAACUGUUCUAGUUCCUCGGGUUUGGCCGUUCUUGAGACACACUAUAUCAUCAGUAAGACGGGCAGCCCUGGAAACUCUAUUCACACUUCUGUCUAAAGCUGAUCAGAGUUGUGCAGAGUGGAUCAAUCCCAUCCUGCAGGAUAUGCUCCGGCACAUCUUUCAGUCCUGCAUACUGGAGAGCAAUGAGGAAAUCCUUGAACUGAUCCAGAAGGUAUGGAUGGAGUUAUUGUCUCAGGCCCCCCAGCAGUACGUGGUAGCAGCCAGCUGUCCAUGGAUGGGUGCCUGGCUCUGUCUCAUGAUGCAGGCCUCUCACAUACCUAUAGACCUGAACAUGCUGCUGGAGGUCAAAGCCCGCUCCAAGGAUAAGGCGGGCACAAAGGCACGCCAAGGGAACAGUCAGGUGAAAGAAACGGUUCAGGAAUAUAUAGCAGGUGCAGAGACGGUAACGGACGACCCCGUGACAAGAGACUAUGUGGUGGUUCGUGCUCGACUCAUGGCUGCUAAAUUGCUGGGAGCUCUGUGUAGGUGUAUAUGUGACCCUCAGCUCAAUGCUGCAUCUCAGGAGAUCAGACCAGCUGAAUCUUUGGGUCAACUGUUGCUCUUCCACCUCAACUCCAAGUCUGCCCUGCAGCGCAUAGCAGUGUCUUUGGUGCUUUGUGAGUGGGCUUCACUGCAGAAGGACUGUCAGCUGGUGUCCUCUAUGGUGCAGCCUCGUCUUCUGGCCAUUCUGUCUGAGCAGUUGUAUUAUGAUGAGAUUGCCAUCCCCUUCACACGCAUGCAGAAUGAAUGUAAGCAGCUAAUUGCGCUGCUAGCUGAUGCCCACAUAGACCUUCAAGACCGCCUCAGUUGUAGUGUUUUCACCAUUGAUCAAGCCAACGAACUGGUAACCACCAUCUUUGCAGAGUCAACAGCGGGUCUAAAUGUGAAGUCCAAGCAGGGACAGGCACUGGACAGUAAACGGCAGCAGGCUCAAGCAACAGUGAUGGAGACCAGUGCAGAGUGGCAGCAGCUGCAUCUGCGUGUUCACAUGGUCACCGCCUGUGCAGUGAUUAAUCUGCAAGUGCUUCCUGACAAACUUAACCCCCUGGUCAGGCCUCUGAUGGAGGCCAUUAAGAGGGAGGAGAACACCCUGAUCCAGGGUUAUGCUGCUUCUUUUAUAGCCAAGCUGCUGCAGCAGUGUGCUGGACGCUCGCCCUGCCCCAACUCCAAAAUCAUCAAAAACCUCUGUGCCUCAGCCUGCGUGGACUCUGCAGUCACACCCUCAUCUGCUUGCCCCGUACCUCCCACACAGGAAAAUGCCAAAGGGGGUGGUUUGGAGAAAGACGGCAUGCAUCACAUGGUCAACAAAACUCGAGGUAUCAUCACCCUGUACCGGCACCAAAGGGCCGCAUUUGCUAUCACCAGUAAAAGAGGCCCCGCCCCUAAAGCCCCUAAGACCCCCUCCACAGAGCUUCCACCCGGCAGCACCAUCAGCACUGAUAACGAUGAGAGCAAGAAGCCAUUUCUUAUUCAGAGACGAGGGGCAGAGUUCUCCCUAACAACUGUUGCCAGGCACUUUGGUGCAGAGCUCACCAGGACUCUGCCGUACCUCUGGGAGAACACAGUGGGGCCACUGAGGACAGUAGCGACGGAAAAUCGGUGCAUUGAUAGGCAGGUCCAGCUGGAGAGGGGAGACGCUGCAGCUCAGGAACUGGUCAACUCUCUGCAAGUGCUGGAAGUCAUGGCCGGAGCCAUGGCCGCUGAACUCAGACCUUUGCUACUGGAGCACCUACCCCAUCUGUUUACAUGCCUGCAACACCCAUACACAGCAGUGCGCCACAUGGCAGCCCGCUGUGUGGGUGUGCUCAGCAAGAUAGCCACACUGGAGACCAUGAACAAUUUCCUUGAGUGUGUACUGCCCUGGUUAGCUGCUAUUGAUGACUGCACCAAACAGGAAGGUGCCAUCGAGGCUUUAGCCUGUGUCAUGGAGCAGCUAGAUGUGGACAUUGUGCCCUACAUCGUGCUGCUGGUGGUGCCAGUGCUGGGACGUAUGAGUGACCCCAGUGAUAGCAUUCGCUUCAUGGCCACACAGUGCUUUGCUACGCUCAUUCGCCUGCUGCCACUAGAGGCAGGCAUACCAGAUCCUCCCGACAUGUCAGCUGACCUGAUCCGCCAGAAAGCCAGAGAGCGCCACUUCUUGGAGCAGCUGCUAGAUGGCAGAAAGUUGGAGAACUAUAAGAUUCCUGUGCCCAUUAAAGCUGAGCUCAGGAAGUACCAACAGGAUGGAGUGAACUGGCUGUCAUUCCUUAACAAGUACAAGCUGCACGGGAUCCUGUGUGAUGACAUGGGGCUCGGCAAGACACUGCAGUCCAUCUGCAUUCUGGCAGGCGAUCACUACCUCAGGGCACAGGAAUAUGCCAAGACUAAGGCUGCAGACUGCAGCCCUAUGCCCUCUCUGGUGGUGUGUCCUCCCACACUGACUGGCCACUGGGUGGACGAAGUGGGCAAGUUCUGCACCAAAGAGUACCUCAACCCUCUGCACUACACUGGGCCUCCUACAGAACGGAUGCGGUUACAACAUCAAGUAAAGAAACACAAUCUUAUAGUAGCCUCUUACGAUGUUGUGCGAAAUGACAUUGACUUUUUUAGGAAUAUCAAAUUUAAUUACUGUAUCCUUGAUGAGGGUCAUGUCAUCAAAAAUGGGAAAACCAAACUUUCCAAAGCCAUCAAACAGCUGGCUGCCAACUUCCGAGUCAUCUUGUCAGGAACACCCAUUCAGAACAAUGUCCUGGAGUUGUGGUCGUUGUUCGACUUCCUCAUGCCGGGCUUCCUUGGAACAGAACGUCAGUUUGCUGCUCGCUACGGUAAACCAAUCCUAGCCAGUCGAGACGCCAAAAGCUCCUCGCGUGAACAGGAGGCCGGUGUCCUGGCUAUGGAGGCCCUGCAUCGACAAGUGCUGCCCUUCCUGCUGAGGAGGAUGAAGGAGGAUGUCCUUCAGGAUCUUCCUCCUAAAAUCAUUCAGGACUAUUACUGCAACCUGAGCCCUCUCCAGGUUCAGCUGUAUGAAGACUUUGCAAAGUCUAGAGCCAAGGCCAGCGUGGAGGACAGCAUCUCUGUGGCCUCUGCAGAGGAAGAGGAAAAGCCCAAACUGAAAGCAACUGGCCACGUCUUCCAGGCGCUGCAGUACCUACGUAAACUGUGCAACCACCCAAGCUUGGUCUUGACUGCGCAGCAUCCAGAGUACAAACGCAUCACCGAACAGCUGGCAGGUCAAAACUCGAGUCUACGGGACAUUCAGCACGCACCUAAACUCUCUGCUCUCAAGCAGUUGCUGCUGGACUGUGGUCUUGGUGGUGGUGGAGGAUCAGAGGGGGGCACUGAGGCAGUGGUGGCCCAGCAUCGUGUGCUCAUUUUCUGUCAGCUGAAGAGCAUGCUGGACAUUGUUGAGCACGACCUGCUGAAACCCAAGCUGCCCGCUGUCACCUACCUGAGGCUGGACGGCAGCGUGCAGGCUGGCCUGCGUCACUCCAUCGUUUCCAGGUUUAACAACGAUCCAUCCAUUGAUGUGCUGCUGCUGACCACUCAUGUGGGCGGUCUGGGGUUGAACCUGACUGGUGCAGAUACUGUGGUGUUUGUGGAGCAUGACUGGAACCCCAUGAGGGAUCUGCAGGCCAUGGAUCGAGCCCAUAGAAUAGGACAGAAACGAGUGGUGAAUGUGUACAGGCUGAUUACACGAGGCACACUGGAGGAGAAGAUAAUGGGACUGCAGAAAUUCAAAAUGAGCAUCGCCAACACCAUUAUCAGCCAAGAGAACACCAGCCUGCAGAGCAUGGGCACAGACCAGCUCCUCAACCUCUUCACUCUGGACAAGGACGAUAAGGGCGACAGAAGCGAGCAGCCCCCGUCAACCUCAGGGAAGGCCUCCAUGAAAUCGGUGCUGGACGGCCUGGGAGAGCUGUGGGACCAGCAGCAGUACGACACGGAGUACAACCUGGACAACUUCAUGCACUCCCUGCAGUAGCACUGUACCACCCCACCCAGCCUCCAUCAGUCAUCUCAUCUUCUGGCCAAGCAGGACCUGGUCAGACCCUGAAGAAACCCCCCCCCCCCCCCCCC